AUGCAACGUACGAGGGAAUUGGAAUCGAGUGUCGCAAUAGACCAAACUGAAGUACCCCGAUCUAGAUUUUUUAUAAUGGUUAAAAAAUUAUCAAGAGUUGCCGAUAUCGUCUAUAUAGUUGACACAUUUCUAAUUCCGCCAUUGCAUCCUUUAAAGAAGCAGCAUCCAAAAGUUGCAAAGUUUUUGAAGGUACAACUUGUCUUUGAUUUGAUAUCACUGUUUAUUUUUGCUACGCACCAACUCCUACUGCUAGAAGAUGGUAACUUUGGGAAGCACUACUUCAAAAGGAAAACAAAACGGUGCUCGAAAUUUUCGUGCUCUCGCUGUAAUGCAAACGCUCACCACCCCAAGUGGUUCAAAUUCAAACAUUCACUCCUAUGUCUAGGAACGUUCUGUUUUGGGGUUUAUUCGUUGGUAAAGAUUAAUAAGUUCUUUAAAACUGAUCAGACUGUUGAUCUAAACAGACUCUUAGAGCUAUUCUUUUGGCAACUUAAUGCAAUUCUUAAUAUGAAGUUAUUCGCCUUUUACGGGGACCAUUUAGAAUCACAUAGUGCGCCUCUUGAUGUGUAUGAGGAUUCUUUUGCAAACAAAUCAUCGUCAGGCGGUGACGAGGUUUAA